GGCUCCGCGCCGCUCUCCCGCCCUCCUCUCUCCCUCCCUCCCGGCCGCGGAGCAGCAUGGCGGAGCCCGGGCAGCGGCCGCGCGGCCGCCCGCCGCCCCUCUGAGUGGGGCUCGGGGGCCGCCGGGCGCCCCGGACCCGACCCCCGCCCCGCCGAGCCCUCCGCCGCACUUGUCCCGCCGCGCGCCCCCUGAAGCGCCGCGCACCCCUGGGACCCUUGCGCGCCGCGGGUGCUCAGCAUAACCCCGGGAAGCCGGCGCGCCCCUGGACCCCGACGUGGCUGGGGGACCCCUGCGCACCCCGGAACCCCCGGGCUUGGCCGACGGGGCCGCGCGUCCUGCUGAGGGGUGGCGCGCUCCCAGAGGGUCCCCCGCUUCCCACAGACGGAGCCCCGCCCCAGAGGGACCCCCAGGUCGGGCAGGGACAGCCAGCCACGCCCCGAAGGGCUCCCAGCAUCCCGCGGCCGGCGUCCCGCGCUCCCUAGGAACCUCCGUGCCCAGCUGGGGGCUCCCCGCCCUGCCGAGGGGGCGCCGCCCGGGAGGGUCCCCGCGCCCCGCGGGCCCCGGCAGGAUGCACGCCGCCGUGGCGGGGCCGCUGCUCGCCGCGCUCCUCGCCGCCGCCCGCAGCCCCGACGGAGGAGAGUGCCGGCCGCCCGGAUCGCAGAGAGACCUGAACUCCUUCCUGUGGACUAUUCGGAGGGACCCCCCAGCCUACCUGUUCGGCACCAUCCACGUCCCCUACACCCGCGUCUGGGACUUCAUCCCGGACAACUCCAAGGCGGCCUUCCAGGCCAGCGCCCGCGUCUACUUUGAGCUGGACCUGACCGACCCCUACACCAUCUCGGCCCUGGCCAGCUGCCAGCUGCUGCCGCACGGGGAGAACCUGCAGGACGUGCUGCCGCGGGAGCUCUACUGGCGCCUGAAGCGCCACCUGGACUAUGUGAAGCUGAUGAUGCCCUCGUGGAUGACCCCUGCGCAGCGGGGCAAGGGGCUGUACGCCGACUACCUGUUCAAUGCCAUCGCGGGCAACUGGGAGCGCAAGAGGCCUGUGUGGGUGAUGCUCAUGGUGAACUCGCUCACGGAGACAGACGUGCGCUCCCGCGGGGUGCCCGUGCUCGACCUCUACCUGGCGCAGCAGGCAGAGAAGAUGAAGAAGAGCACCGGGGCCGUGGAGAGGGUGGAGGAGCAGUGCCAUCCGCUCAACGGGCUCAACUUCUCCCAGGUGCUGUUUGCUCUGAACCAGACCCUGCUGCAGCACGAGAGCGUGCGGGCCGGGAGCCUGCAGGCGCCCUACACCACAGAGGAUCUCAUCAAACACUACAACUGCGGAGACCUCAACGCCGUCAUCUUCAACCAUGACACAUCCCAGCUGCCCAACUUCAUCAACACCACGCUGCCCCCGCACGAGCAGGUGACCGCCCAGGAGAUCGACAGCUACUUCCGCCAGGAACUCAUCUACAAGAGGAACGAGCGCAUGGGGAAGCGGGUCAUGGCGCUUCUGCGGGAGAACGAAGACAAGAUCUGCUUCUUUGCCUUCGGAGCAGGUCACUUUCUGGGGAACAACACCGUCAUCGAUGUCCUGCGGCAGGCAGGGCUGGAGGUGGACCACACCCCCGCGGGGCAGGCUAUCCUCAGCCCUGCCGCCGGGAGCCCUGCACCCCUUCCAGAGGGGACCUCAGCGAGCCCAGCCCCAGUGACCCCCACUGCAGCCGUCUCCUCGGCGGCCUCCGUGACCCCUACAGCCCCUGCUGAGGAGGAGGACCCGGCCCUGUCCCCACACCUCCUGCUGCCAGACAGCCUCAGCCAGCUGGAAGAGUUCGGACGGCAGAAGAAGUGGCACAAGAGGCACAACAGACACCAGCGGCCACGGCAGUUCAAUGACCUCUGGGUCCGCCUCGAGGACAGGGCAAGCCCAGUUGUCCACAUUUCAGAGAUGAGGAAGCUGGGGCAGGUGCUUGGCCUAGCUGUGAAGCCACCCCCUGGACGGCUGCAUCCCACAGCAGAGCCCGUGGCUUCGAGUCCCGGCUCUGCUGCUGACCCCAGCUUCCCACUGACGUGCACCUUGGUAGGCAGCAGGUGAUGGCUUACGUGCGUGGGUCCCUGCCACUCAAGGUGAGACCCAGAUUUAGUUCCAACCUCUUAACUGCAACCUGGCUCAGCCCUGGCUGUUGUAGGCAUUUGGGGCUAAAACCAAGCAGAUGAGCUCACUCGCACUCUCUCCCUCCCUCUCUCCCUCUGCAUCUCAAAUAAAUUUUUUUAAAAAUAAUUUAAAAAUGAAGGAGACAGAAACUUCUAUUAGGAAAGGCAGGUACUUUGCUGGCCAGGAUCUGCUUUGCACUCAGCUUUCCAAGGACACACCUGGUGGGCUCCAUUUGCCAUGGACUAGAGGUGACACCAGGAGAGACUGCAAUAGGCUGGCUAUGCCUAAAUGGUGUGAGCUCCCUGUGCCUGGGGGGCCUGUGGGAUCAGUGCCCGGCAGGAGGCCGCAGGGGGACCCCGACCUGCUAGAUGGUACUUGAUGCCCUUGGUCUCAGGAACAAAUGCAGAACUCGUGAUGAACCUUGUUGAAAGUGGCCGGGUGCAGAAGCCCACCUGCCUUGCUAAGACCCCUCCAUCCUCUUCCUGGAUGUCUCUCCCGCCACCUGCACCCCCAACCCCACAGCCUGCCUGUCACCAAGUUGUUUCCUGCAAACUCCACCUGUGCUUUCGAUACAGAGCAGAUACCGCUGUGCGGCAGGAACUCCCAUAUCUGGGAACAGUGUGACCUGGGCACCAGGGUGUCCCAAGGAGGGAUAGAGUCCUUCCAACUGCAGUAACCCAGUGCUGGACAUGGCGCUCCCUGCUGUGGGCCCAGGAGUCUCAGAGUCUCCAUGUGGGCCCUUCAGAUCCAUCAGCAACCUCGAAGAGAAUCACCUGGGGUACUUGUCCAAGAAGGAAAUCCCCGGGCCCCACCACAGACCCCACGAAUCAGAAUCUGCAGGGCGGGGGCCAGGGCAGCUAUUCUCGAGGGCGUACCUGAGCAGCUGUGCGAAACGCUGACCCAAUCUUGAGUUUCUGGGUGGUGAGCCAAGGUCCCUAGGAGGGGAGUUUGUUCAGGACCCUACGAGCAAGCAAGGGCCCCCAUUCGCACUUUCUAAUUGGUGUGGAGGUAACUGAGCAGUUAACAGAGGUUGACACGGCCCCACCCACUGUCCUGAAGGGUGGGCUCUACACUCUGAGGAAGUCCAGCCCGGGGAGCCCAUGGGUGUUGACUUCCAAAAGCCUGACUUGGGUUACCAGGAAAUGAACUUCUGCAGCGCCCUGGCUGGCCCUGCCCAAGCAGGAGGCAUCGCCAUAGAUACAUUGGCUGUGACGCAUUUGGGUCAGGCACCCAGCAUGGACCGCCCCCCUUCUAGCUGGGAGCGAGAGCGCCUCCUUGCGGCGGUAGGGCAGGGUGAAGGAAUGGCCGAACAGCCCUCGGGACCCCCCUUAGGCUGGCCACUCAGAGCCCUGAUCGCCUUGCCCAGGGUCUGCGAGAAACCCUGCCAGCGGCAGGUCCAGCCCGCAGCGCACAGAGGCUGGGCUUGUCAGCUCCGGCCACGGGCCCUGGCCCCUAACCACGUCUGAAAGGUAAAUUUCGGCAAAUGACUCCAAACGGUUUCCUUUCUGCAACACGAAGCUCUGAAGCACAGAGCCCAGCUUCGGCAGAAAAGAGCAGCUUUUCUUUGGCGAGAGGGGAGCGCCUUCUCCAUCCCAGCAGGUAAAUUGUGCUUGGCUAACUCUCCCGCGUCUGCUUGGGUUGGAGAGCCAGUUUCCACCGACGAGCAGUCCGUUGGUUGGAAACCCCUGCCUGCUGCUUACGGAAGCAGGCUCUGAUGGCCCCAGAGGCCCGGGAUCCCCACGUUGCCAGUCUCCCGAGAGAGCAAGCGAGAAGCGCUGUCUGGGAGCAGGGCCCACUUGUAACCCUUCCAACAGCAUCGUCUUCCUUGGGGCAUCUUUCGUCCAGUGCUGUCUGCUCCUCGGUCUCCCUGGGGAGGACAGGCACUUAGUCCAGCGGCCUGGCCUAGCUUCACCACUGCAGGCCCCUGGGGAGUGAAGCACAUGGGAGCUCCUCACCCCACCCCCGUCUCCUUCCCAGCGCAUCUUCUGCUUGUGAUCCUGCAACCCGGACUCCCGUGGGGUGUCCUGACCCGAGUCUUGCCCUUGGCCGUUGCCCCUCCUCAAUUGGAGACCCUGCAGUGUCCCCCGCCCCCCGGUGGGAAAGGUCCCCCAACCCCAGGCAGAGCCCCCCUCUCCUUCCCCCACCCCUUCUCUCCCGGGGAUUGCCCACCUCAUCCUCCCGGGGCUGCCACCUGCCACAGGCCAUGCCCUGGCCUCCUGCACACCUUUCCCUCUCUGCUCAGGGUGGGGUGCAAGUAGACAUUUGUCAAGCUCUUUGUAUGCCAGGCAUUCACUUCAAUGGUGUCCCCAGUCCUGACCAGAAUCAGGGGAGGUAGCUGGUUCCAUACCCCUGCCAGGCCAGGUGGCUUGCCUGAGACCACAUAGGGUCAUGGAGCCCGAAUGCCGUCCAGGGCUGUCUAACACAGAGGCCACAUUCAUCGAUGACCAUCGGGUAACUGCCCCUUCCUCCCUGCAGCCCACCUGGGUGCCCCUGUGCCUGCACAAUCACCCUGACUGCAGGUCCUCACUGGGAGGCCCUGGGGACCAGCGCUGUCUGCACUGCUGGGGCUGCCCCAGGCCUUGUUGGGGGCUUGGGAGUGCUGGGGGAGGGUGCAGGCUGCCAGUGGCUGGCCGGGCCCCCACGUGGAGCAGGCCGGCCUCCUCUCGCCCCUCAUUACCCACGAUGUAAACACAGCGGAGGAAGUUUAGAGAAGCAGCAGCCCGUGGCAGGAGGAUUUAUGGGGCCCCAUGAAAAGAGCCCAGGCUGGGUUCACGGAUGGCUACACAGGGGCAGCGCAUCCUUAGGGAACCCUCUCAUCUGAGAGCCAGGGCGGGGGACAGCAGGGCAGCAAGGGGCCAGGGGCUAAGCAGGGCAGAGGCCAUUCCCGUGCAGCACGGGAUGUGACCGGCCCAUCUGUCGGUGUCUCCCACUGUGCAGUCAGAGCCUUGAGCGAGCUCUGGGCUCAGGCCGGCUCCUGCUCUCCCAGUCCCCGGCUGGCACUCUCAGGUGUGGGAGGACGUGGUGGGGGUGGGGGUUGAGGAACAUAAGAAGGGGGCAGAGGCUGGUCCAUCAGUACUGGAAGGACAGGGAUUAUGGACAGGGUAGGGAAGCGAGGAUCUCCUAAGUGCAAGGGACAGAGGUGACAUCCGUAUGUGAUGGAUGCAGAGCCUUGGGGAGUGCCAGCAGACAAGGGCAGGAGCCCAGGACACACGUGUCCCAGCUCAUCUCUGCUGAGGUUCGAGCAGCCCCCAGGAGGAGUGGAAACACCGUGUCCCCCAGGGAAGGGCCCUGCCCACCUCCUGCCUGCCGGUCCUUCCUGCUGGAGCUGGCCAGCCCCAGUGCCUCCGAGCACCUCCCCGCCUCCUCCUCAGAUGCUCAAGGCUCCUGUGUGAGGCCAGGCCCCCAUCUGAAUAGAGGCAGAAGAUAAGAAACCAGAGAGAGAGGCGUUCAGUGAAUAAAAGCACAAAUGUAGCAGAACAGGGUUCAAAUCCCAGACUCUCCUUGUACACACUUGGGGACUUAGCAAUGGAGACAAAGCUUGGAGCGCACCGAGGUGUCCAGUGACACUGUCAGUUGUCACUGAUGUUGAUGUCUUUGACUGUCAUCGUGUGAUCUGAGAUCCUCCGGUCCCCACCCCUACCCUGGGUGGGUGCUGUGAGCUCCCCGGCCUGGCAGGACCAUGCUGGACCCAGACUAGUUGUGCAGCUCCAUGGUUAGUGCCCAUGCAGGACAGGAGCAGGAAGAGUCUCGGGUCACAGCAGGACAGACAGCUGUCCAGUACGGAGUCCCAGCACAGAGAAACUGCCUCAGCCCCAGGGAGAGCCCCAGGGACGGAAGCUGUCUGCCUGUGCCCCAGAAAGGAUCAGGGAACGGUGGAGACCUUCCCAGCCUGGAGGAAGAUACGAGAAGGUGUGCAGGGCUCUGGAUAUCUGGAGGCCAGGCUGCAGCCAGUCGGCCUCUCUGGAUCUCUGCCUCCCUCUGACCUGUUGGCUCAGAGAUGCAGAGGCCCAGACUGGGAUUACAGGACGUUCCCUGCCGCCCAGUCACAUCCAGGGCUCCACCCCCAGGCAGCACAGCCCUGUCCCCAGGCGCUGGGCACCCCAAGCCUGGUCUCCCGUGCCUCUCCUUGAAGCUCCGUAAGGAGACCCCAUAGGGCAUAGCCCACUGCCCCGUGCCUUGGUAUGAAAGCUGAGGCCUGGGGCUGGCCCCCAACAGCUCUUAGGGAUCCGCUUGGCUCCAGUUCAGCCCUGCUCCAGGAGGGCCUUCUGCGGUUGUGCCGACGCUGCCACAGGCACUGGCCUUCUGUGCUCUGCUUUCUGCCUUGGGCUUCUGCCCAGGGUCGCACCUUGGCUUCUGCUGCCACCGCUGGAAAGCAACUUGAAGUCAGUGGGUGGUUCUGACCUCAGUGUGUGGACAGGGAAACUGAAGCCCUGAGAGCAGUGCUUGUCCUAAGUCACCCAGCAAGCCAGCGGCACAGCACACACCAGCUGGAGCAGGCUCCUGCCUUCCCAGGGGCCGAGGGCCCUGUCUGCCAUGCCCAGCUUUCUGGGGCCAAGAAUCCCACCCUUACCUCCCCAACUGACUUCUGCUUUAAAAAAAAAAAAAAAAAAAAAAAGAUUUAUUUAUUUCAAAGGCAGAGCUAGAGAGAGGGAGAGAGAUCUUCCAUAUGCCAUUCACUCAUCACUCCUCAAAUGGCUGCAGUGGCUGAUGCUGGGCCAGGACAAAGACAAGAGCCAGGAACUCCAUCCUGGUCUCUAUGUGUCCCACGUAGGUGGCAGGGGCUCAAGCACUUGCACCGUCAUUCACUACUUUCCCAGGUGCAUCAGCAGGAAGCUGGACGGGGAGCAGAGCAGCCGGGACUCAAACUGGAGCUCUGAUACAGGAUGCCGGCACCACAGGCUGCAGUUUAACCUGCUGCGCCACGAUGCUGGCCCCUGGAUUCUGUUUUUAAAAUCUCAAGGAGAGCUGCAUCUUUGCUUGCCCUGCAGUUCAGCCCAGUGGGCUGGGCCCCAGGGCACCUGCCUCGUGCGGGCACCUGCCCUUUCUUCCGCACCCUGGCUCCCAGGUGGCCCCUCCGAGCCCCAGUUAGCUCAUCUGCUGAGAGGGAGCCCCAAACCCAGGCUCUGGGCUCCCCGUGCACCCCCAAAGCAGGGUGGUUCCAGCGAGGAGGGCUGAGAAGGAAUGAGAGCUGUUUCUUUUGUUCCAUUUAUCUCAGCAGCCGGGGAGGGGAGAGUGGCAGGUCCAGGCUGCAUAGACAGCGGUGAGAAUGCCGUCACCGAGUUAUCUCCUCCCUGCAGCUCCUCCUGCCCAGGACCUGCCCCCAGGGUGACCACAUUAGAAGCCUGAGCCCCAGGGCCUGGAACAGGAGGGCAGAGCUCAGCCAGCCUGUCCCGGUGGCCCCAAGCCGCUCACCCACCCCGGGCCACUCACCUGCCCUUGCCCAAGCACCUGGUGCCCUCCCCAUUUUAUUAAAAAAGAAAAAAAAAGGGCUGUCCGGUCAGGCGUGAGCCCCCAGGCCUGUGCCCAGGUCACCGCUGCUGACGGUCACUCUGCCCUGUGUCUCCUC